UCAACAACUUGCUCUCUCGCGCAGUGUUCAGUCUUUUGGAAGUGCUGUCUGUCUGUCCUGCCGCGGAAAGCCUGUGGAUUAUAGAUUGUUCGUUUAGUGAACCCACUUUUGUGGCAUUAAUUUCCCCGGAAAAGUGACUGAAAUCCGUUGUUCCGUGCCGUGGCCAUCGAGUGCGAAAAGAAGUUCGACUAGUGAGUGCGCGAUUGGACGUGAAAAUUGUUUUGGAUGUUAGUUUCUUGCUGUUUCAAUUUGAUCCUGCUUGUGUGAAUAAUUCAAUUCCAAUUAUUGGAUUUUUUCCUUCGCUGGAGAAGGUGUGAAGAGAGGGUGGUAGAACAUCAAGUGGAGGAGAAGGAGAGAAGCAGUGAAGAGAGAUUUCGUGCGCGCUGAAACAGCGGAGAAGAGAAAACGCGGGGAGUGAGCAGUGUGUUAUUUCGCGGUCCGCGAGCGCAGUGGAAUUGUUUUGGCAUGAGUUAUUACCCCAUCACGAUGGGAGAGUUGUAAAAUGUUACUGCCGCUUGUUGUUGUUCUUCGUCGUCUUCGUAGUCGUGAAAAAUCGUUGCCAGGCUUCGGGAGCUGCCCAUAGUAGGCCGGGCCCUCCUAGUUAGCCCACUUGGAUGGAAUUAUUCGGGCCGAAAAAUAGAAAUAAUCUGUUUGGAAAUAGUGGAAGCAUGCUUUGAUAAUUGAUACCGAGCGGUGUGAUUUGUGUGUGCGAGGUUGCUUUGAUUCGAGGGAGCUAUUCGUUGAGUGAUUAUAAAUCGUGUUGCUGCAGUGAAGUGAAGUUGUUAAGAAGAAGACGGGAAUCCGGUUAGAAGCAUAAUUCUCUCGGUCUAGGAAGAAGCAUGGAAACUGUGAUAGCUUCGGUGGUCGUCGUUGCAACAGAUUCUAGUCCAAUCCACGUCGUCCCGGUUGACGGUGGGCGACAGCAGCAGAAGCCGAAACUGAAACAACGGCAACGGCUACAACAAAGCUAAUGAGCUGGUCGCCGCACUGCUCUGUGGAUCAUCUCCGGUGGAUUCCUGAAGAGUUCACUCACUCGCCCAGAGCUAAGAACCAUGCCACCGUCGUCGAAGAUAUCGCCACCAACUCCAGCGGCGUCAUGUUGUUGCCUAGCGGUGCGCGGUUGCCACUGAAGAAGCGCAAGAAGAAGCCCGCCUUCCUCGCUUCCAUCGCGCCUGUCACGAUAAUAAAAGAAGAAGAGAAUAAAAAUAAAAUUAAAAAUUAAGAUAAUAUAAACGAUCAUCAUCAAGAAGCUCAAACAACGACCGCAAAAAGUAAGAGAAAAGAGAAUCUUAGCUACGGUCUUAGCUUAGAAACACAUUCUCCAGUGGUGGAGGAAGAAUAAGUCGCCAAGUGAAGAAAGAACCCUAAACUAGCGCGCAGCAGCGCAGGGAGUCAACUAUUUGCCGCGGCAGCCUUCGUCGUCAUCAUCAUUUUUCAUCCGUUCCGUUGUGCUGCCCUCUUCCUUCCCCCUCAGGACGCAACCUGCGUUGAAGAAAAAAAAAAGGUUUGGAAGAAUCGACGACGACCUGUUGUGUUGUGUUCUUCCUCUUUGUGCUUGUGUGUGAGUUCGAGUCUAGGAAACCCCGGGAAGAAACCCAACAACCGAUAAUAUGGAUAAAUAUCUGCCGCUGCUCGUGCUCGUGUUCUACGUCCUCAACCACAAGCUGGACGGCGUGGCCAGCGAUCAAGUUGUACUACUUGAUACCACGAAGGAAGCGACACUGGAGUGGACCCGGUACCCGUAUGGACCGCAAGCGCAGACACCCGGGUGGGUGGAGGAAUCGUUCACCAACUUCGUGAAGGGAAUCAACUGGCGGAGUUACGUGGUGUGCGAUGUGGCGUACAACAACGUGAACAACUGGCUGUGGUCACCGUUCAUCGACCGGGGUCCGGCCAACCGCCUCUACAUCGAGAUCCACUUCACCAUCCGGGACUGUUCGCUGUUUCCGGGCAAUGCGCUCUCGUGCAAGGAAACGUUCAGCUUGCUGUUCUACGAAUUUGACGCGGCGACACGAGAACCGCCUCCCUGGCAACCGGAAAGCUACAAGCUGAUCGGACGGAUUGCCGCCGGGGAGGGCCGCUUCAAUCAGAACUCCGACGUGGACAUCAACGUGGAGGUGAAGAGCAUAGCCGUCACCAAGAAGGGUGUGUACUUCGCGUUCCGAGAUCAGGGCGCGUGCAUCAGCGUGUUGGCCGUGAAGGUCUACUACAUUACCUGUCCGGCGGUGACGAUCAAUUUCGCACACUUCAACGAGACCCCAACGGGACGGGAGAUCACCAUCAUCGAACAGCAGACGGGGACCUGCGUGGAGAACGCCGAAGCGUACGAAACCCCGACCUACCUCUGCAAAGGAGACGGCAAAUGGACGAUCCUCAGCGGGGGAUGCCGCUGCAAGGUCGGCUAUGAACCCGACCACGACAAGCAGACGUGCAACGUUUGCCCUGUCGGGAAGUUCCGUUCGGCGGAAGUCGACUCCUGUACGAUCUGCCCCCUGAACUCCAAAACCAACAAAAUCGGGUCGCCCUUCUGCCCCUGCCUCAGCGGCCACUACCGUCACCCCAGAGACGGAAAGCACAUGCCGUGCUACAAACCCCCAGGACCUCCCACCAAUCUCACGCUCCUGUUCAUCGAUCAGACCAGCGCCAUCCUCUCCUGGAACGCCCCUCAACGGGCCAUCGACGAACAGGUGGACACCAAGUACCGCAGCGACAUCGUCUUCCGGAUAAAGUGCUCGGCGUGCACCUCCAACGUCGUCUUCAAUCCGUCCUCCGAGACGUUCAACGACACCAAGCUGACCUUAACGAACCUGGAACCGGUCACGGCCUACACGGUGCAGAUCCACUCGCAGCACGGGGUGUCGUAUUUGAUCAAUCCGGAGGGGGUGGGAGCGGGAGCCGGGGGAGGAUACGAUAAUACUAGUAGUGGAUUUAACAAUCAUUAUCAUCACGUGACGGAGCCGCCGAAUCUGGGGCGGUCCAGCGAUUUGGACGACAUCAAGACGGAGUACGCUGAGAUUAGCUUCACGACCGAGUCGGCUAUUCUUAGUACGGUGUUUAAUGUCAAAGUGAUCUCCAUCACCAACAAGGAGGUGGACCUGGUGUGGGACAAGCCCAUGCACAGCGACUCGCCCAUCGAGUACUACGAAGUCCGGUGGUUCCCCAAGUCGGAGGUCGAUGCCAUGAACAAAUCGGUGCUGAGCACCAAGGAGUCCAAAAUCCACAUCGGGGACCUGCAGGAGAACACCGAGUACGGCUUUCAGGUGCGCUGCAAAACCCUGAACGGGUGGGGCACCUUUAGUAACAUCAUGUACGCCCAAACGCACCAGAGCGUUAGUCCAGUGUACGAUGACUCCUUCCAAAUGCGAAUUGUUGCUGGUUCAACAGUUGCAGUUGUCUUCAUCUUAGUAUUAGUGAUCGUCGUCACCGUCCUGUUCCUGCGCUCCAAGAGCCACGAUGACAUCGACAAGAAAAACAGCAACCAUCUCCCGCUGCCGCUGGAUUAUGCCAGCAACGAAGGACUAGUAGUGACCUAUAUUCACGCAAUGGACACGACGCCGAUCGUGAAAACGAUGAAAAACAAUGGUGGUUCUUAUGGGUAUUACCGACCACGUCGUAAUAAUUUUGCAGUGACCACGCCGCUGUUCGGCAGCAGCAGAAGCUACGUCGACCCGCACACCUACGAGGACCCCAACCAGGCGAUUCGCGAGUUUGCCCGGGAAAUCGAUGCCAGCUACAUCACGAUCGAGGCCAUCAUCGGUGGCGGUGAGUUCGGCGACGUCUGCCGAGGGCGGCUCAAGAUCCCGCCGAACUUUGUGCAGGAGAUCGACGUUGCCAUCAAGACGCUGAAGCCGGGCUCGUCGGAGAAGGCCCGGUGUGACUUCCUGACCGAGGCGUCCAUCAUGGGUCAGUUCGACCAUCCGAACGUGAUCUACCUGCAGGGGGUGGUGACCCGGUCGAAUCCGGUCAUGAUCAUCACCGAGUACAUGGAGAACGGCAGCCUGGACACGUUCCUCCGGGCCAACGACGGCAAGUUCCAGACGCUGCAGCUGAUCGGGAUGCUGCGGGGGAUUGCGGCCGGGAUGUCCUAUCUCAGCGACAUGAACUACGUGCACCGGGACCUGGCGGCGCGGAACGUUCUAGUUAAUUCCUCACUAGUGUGUAAGAUUGCCGACUUUGGGCUGUCGCGGGAGAUCGAGAACGCGAGCGAUGCGUACACGACGAGGGGCGGCAAAAUCCCGGUGCGUUGGACGGCCCCGGAAGCGAUAGCAUUUAGGAAGUUCACGUCCGCCUCGGACGUGUGGUCCUACGGCGUGGUGCUGUGGGAGGUGAUGUCGUACGGCGAGCGGCCGUACUGGAACUGGUCGAAUCAGGAUGUGAUAAAGAGCAUCGAGAAGGGCUACCGGUUGCCGGCCCCGAUGGACUGCCCGGAGGCGCUCUACCAGCUGAUGCUGGACUGCUGGCAGAAACAGCGGACGCACAGGCCCACCUUCGCGAGCAUUACGCAAACGCUGGACAAUCUGGCGCGGCAACCCCAGGUGCUGCUCACGACGCGGAACUCACCGGACAAUCCGGUGGCCCGGAUGGGGAACGAUAUUAGCGACGAGAUGCUGGCCGCUCAGCAGCGGAAUAUGCUCGGAAUGGGAACGACCGAACGGAUAUUGAACAAUAGUUCCGGCGCUGGAGGCGUCGGAAGUAGCAUGACCAUGAGCGCGGCCGGUAUGGGCACGCUCGGAUCGACGGUCGGUGGACUCAGCAAUACGGGAACCAUGUCCGGAACGGGCACUGCUGGAGCGGUGUUCAUCAGCACGGAUCAGUGGCUGGAGAGCAUCAAGAUGUCGAGGUAUUCGCAGCAUUUCAAGGAAGCCGGCCUGGUGACGGCCCAGCAGAUAUCCCGGUUAACCGCUCAGCAGCUGUCCGACAUGGGCAUCACGCUGGUUGGGCACCAGAAAAAGAUUCUACACCAAGCGCGACAGAUAGAUACCAUAAUUUAAGCGAUCGGAAGCGAUUGCGCACAGAUUGCAACAACCCAUUCCACAAAAACUCACAGAAAAAAAAAACAAACGGACAUUCUCUUUCCCCUCCCCGAUAACUACUGAGAAGAGCGGACUUGAGAGAUUCACACGACACAUCACAAACUACCUACCGAGCUCGAGUUCGUUACCAAUCUGAUGGUAAUCGAAAGUCGUCAACGAUCCCAGUUCAGAGCAAAGCUGUUUGUUUCAGUGUAUAAUUUAUAUUUAAAACUUACCAUAGGCUCAAACUGUUUAAGUUCAUUCCCAUCCAUCACCCCCGUGUCAAUAGUAGAUAUGAUUGUUUUAGUGAGAGAGAGAGCAUGAAUAGCGAUGAAACUAAAAACCAGUGCCACACAAUUUGGCAGAAGAGGAGACUGCUUAGAAAAAAAAACUGAAACCUGUAUAAACAUGUUUAUAAUCGUCUUACUGCCUAAGUUUGUUUGAGCGAUGUUAAUUGAGAACAGAAAGAGUUAGGAUAGGUUUUAGGUUUUCUUUCCCCCGAAUCGAAUGAUGAUUGACAGUGCAAAGAAGAGAACUGAAAAAGAUGCAUUUUUUGUUACAAAUUGCAGUAGGCAUUUGUAUCGUUUUCCACUAGUUUUUUUCGCCCAGUGUAGCAGCUGUAUAUGUUCCAUUUAACCCCUUAUUCCGAAGUGAUAGUUACUUAAUAGACUUCUUUGACUGCGUUUUGAGCUGAAAAAAGGGGCGACCAGGCAUGAGUAAACAACCGAAUAGGGAAACGGAUGGAAAUAUGUGAUUUUUUUUAUACAAAUAGCAAUAGGUAGAAGGUGGAGUUGGAGAGAACGAAAAAAAACCGCAAUCAUCACAGAAACCACACAAACUGAUAUUAUCGAUGAUAACUUUAACUGUUGGUAAGAAAGAGAGAAGAAACUCUGAAUCGAGUGAAACGACAACGAUACGGGAUUACGUGAAAGACAGUGAGAAUCAUUCUAGCAUUUUUUUUUUAGUUUUUUGUUUUAUAGAAAAGUAAGCGCAGCUCUGAUGUCGUACGAGAGAGACAGGGCUUUGGAAAGGACUGUGUAUAAUAGAUUUUAUCUUUUUUUUUAUUUGGAUCUGAAGAUUGUAACGUUUAGUUCCGUUUUUACCCUAAUUUUAUGUUCAAAUCAGUCAUCUAUCCUACUUUUGUGAAUAUGUGUAUUUUCACGAUACUUUCCUUAUUUUAUUGCUAGUUAGUUAGCUAGUUAUGCUGUUUAUGUCUAAUUUAAUCAAACCGGAUUGCAGACGAUGGGUAAGCUUUAUUUUUGGUAAAAUUUAGCGCUCUACCUUUUGUUUGGGAAAUAAAAACGAAAAGUGAGAUUAGGA